UGUCCUCUCGCGUUUCUGGUCCGAGAUUGCUGGGAGUGCCAUCCUUUGUGUAAAGCAGCCAGCGAUGGGUUCCAGCAAGCAUCACAGAGAUUCAGACGAAGACCGUCGUUCAAAAAAGCAUAAACGGUCCAAGGAGAAAACGUCGCAUAGCCCGAGAACAGACAUCGAACCCAUUUCCAAGGACGAUUAUUUCGAAAAAGCGACCGAAUUCCGUCUAUGGCUUCGGGAAAAGAAGCACAAAUACUUUGGCGAUCUUGAUAAAGACGACUCCCGCUAUUACUUUGCAAAGUUUGUCAAAGCUUGGAACAAAGGCGAUUUGGAUGAUAAAUUCUAUGCCGGUGUGAACUCGACGCAGCUGACUUCAUCCGAUACGACUCGGUACAAGUGGGGUUUCGCAAAGACGCUCAAUCAACAUGAACAGGACAGGAUUCGUGACAGCGUCGACACCAUGACGAAUCGAGAUAAAAACACCGAUCGUCAUUCCGGUAGCAGUAGCAGUAUUCGACGUCCCAGAGCGGGGCCAGCCAUGCUGCCUCCUGGACCUCAGCUGGAUCAAGUGGACAAAGAAGAACGGAUGGAGCGCGAAAGAGCUGAACGGCGCUUCGAAAAACGCCAAUCUCGUUCUCGGAAGGAGGAAUAUUUGGAUGAAGUGGCGCCCAAGGAAACCGGUCGUGAAGCGGCGAUUGCCAAACGACGUGCGCUGAAUGCGUAUCAUAAGCGAGAAAAAAGUCCCGACAUUGAAUUUAGCGAAGCCGAUCUUAUGGGAGGUGACGAUUUCCAAGCGAGGUUAGCGGCUCAAAAACGCAGCGAAGAACGCCGACGAGAACGACAAACGGAAAAGCAACAACAACGCAUGGCACCGUUGCAGAACAAGAUGGCAGAAUACAAGGCAAAAGAAGAUGCUACAAUCGAGAUGUUCAAAAGAAUGGCAGCCGAACAAAAGCAGAGAGGCGCGUUUUAAACCCUAUGACUCUACUGCCACACUCCUUGACCGAACGCAUCCGACACAAUCGAUAGUAUCAGUUGAAUAAUCACCGUCAAUACGCAUGAAUGAAACUUGGUUUAUGAAAUACGCAUUUGUUGGAUUGACAUACGUUGCAGUGAAAUCAUGGUAAUACCGAGUUUAUCCCCAGAAUGACGCACUCGCUUCCAUUUCGUAAAAUGACUUGGGUGAUUUACAUAGUUACAUGUACCGCUC